CAUGUGUGAAAGUGCAGCACGCGCUCUGCUGUUGCCCUUCUUUUCUCUGAAUUUUUGGAUUCUUUUUUUUUUUCUCUUUUCUUUUUACUUUGUAAACUGGAGCGUCACCUGCGACAAAGCUUUGCUGGAACAAGAUUUGCAUUAUGCUUGUUCUGGAGGACACUAAUGGGAGCUUGACAAAUCUUUUGUGUUGCCACUAAAGAGCAGUGCUAGAAGCAAGAUGACCCUGGCUAUUGUUUUGACUAGGACACUCCACUGGGGUCUCCUCCUCCUAUGCUUGGUGUGCAUGUGCAGCCAGCAAAGGUCCACUGGCAACCAAAGCUCCAGGGGACAAACGGGAUCAUCGAAAGAGAGGACAGGGACUUGUGAAGUGGUCGCGGCUCAUCGCUGCUGCAACAAGAACAAGAUUGAAGAGCGCUCUCAGACGGUCAAGUGUUCUUGUUUCCCAGGACAUGUAGCAGGGACAACAAGGGCGCUGCCCUCUUGCGUUGAAGCCUCAAUCGUGCGUCAGAAGUGGUGGUGUAAAAUGAAGCCGUGCAUGGAUGGAGAGGAGUGCCGAGUUCUUCCUGACCUGACUGGUUGGUCGUGCAUCUCGGGGAACAAAGUAAAGACUACCAAGGUGUCGCGGUAGGCAGGCAUCAGCUUGGUCCAAUCGGAGCACAGCCUUCCUUGCUGGCAACAGUCAGCUCAAGUAACUCUGGACCCUGCGGGGCUGUUGGAGCUACAAAGAAUGUAGAUUUAAUUAGAUAUUUCCUGCUUUGCAUUAAGCUGCGGUAACUCAUUAUUUCAAUAUCCCUCGUCUUAAAUACAGAUUUGGUCCGGGUUAAUCCCACAGAGUAGACAAUCUAUUAGCCAAGAUAAAACCAAGCAGUGCCGUGUCCCAACCCAAACAGCCGGCUCCUGUGAGCGUUUAUUUCCUGCAGUGAUGUGCUGAGAACAUGGUGCGUUAUUCAAGUACUGGCUCGGUCUGCUGUCAACCACUACAAAGGAGAGUUUGUGGAUUUUCAGGAGCAUAAAUACUGUAGAACAGCGGACAAGAGUCUAUUUUAGACUCACUUUGGGUUCUAUAAAGAGGUCAGAUCUUCUUGGACUCGUCUUUGACAUGAAGAUGUACUCUCAUGCACGCACGGAUUGGACGGGCAACCCCGAUGCAAAACAAGAAAUGUUUGAAAUUCUAAUCACAAAGAGAAAAGAGAAGAGGAGCAUCUUCACCGUUGAGAGUAUUUACAUCAAGCUUUUGUUUAUCUCUCCAAACUCAGUGCUGCUGUUGAGGGGAGGCAGCUUAUUGUAAUAGCGAUGAACAUUGGAGAUUUUUUGCCUUGGAGCAAAGUGUAGCCACCGACAGAAUGUUUUCUGCUAUUACCACUUCAUCUUCUUUAUGAAUAAUAUUCCUUCUGGACCCACUCUCAUUGUCUUGUGUUUUAUCUCUGGUGUUCAGCCACUGUGUUUGCUUGUAAAUUCUCCAAUGAGGAGAUAAGAAGGUUAUAUUAACUUAAUACAAAUAUACUGACAGCUUACCUUUCAAUCUGCGACAUUAAAUGAUAAUAAAUGUCACAUACUGUGUGCUGUUGAAAGCUACAAGUUGAUUGUUUGGGUUCUUUGCCUUCUUCUCCACAGUGGUCCGAUUAUGCACAUUAGUUUUUGUCCUUCAAAUAAUUGUAUUGUCCAAUGCUAUUUAAAUCUACUCUCCACACAAGCCUCUU